AUGGGUCUGUCGGAUAUGAUUCGAGCAUUGGCGCGCCCUCUUUAUACCCUUCUUCUGUUCACCAAAUCGGACAUCAAGACUACGGUGAUCCCUGUCACCUCGCUGGCAGCCGCUGGUGCACCGCUUGCCGCUCCCGGCCGGAUUAUACACGUCAUCUUCUGGAUUUGGUUGCACGUACUGCAAUUUGAUGUAUCAAACCAAACAAUGGACCCCGAAGAAGACGCUCAGAACAAGCGGGACCGGCCUCUACCUGCCGGACGAAUAACCUUAGCCAAUGCCCUGCUACUUCGUUGGCUUCUCGUGCCAAUCUGCUUCUCCAUCUCGGUGUUGUAUAGCACGCAGACCUUCCACGCGAGUGUCGCGCUUGUCGCACUCACAAUCAUCUACAACGAGCUGGCUGCACACAGAAUGCACUGGGCUAUCCGCAACGCCGUCAACGCCCUUGGCUUCGCAUCUUUCGAAGUUGGAGCGACGUUGGUUGCAGGCACUGACCCUACCCGCCUUGAUUCGGUCGGUAUGCACUCUGUCUUGAUCAGCGCCGGUAUCUUCGCAAGUACCAUCCAUGCGCAAGACUUCAAGGAUACCGAAGGAGAUCGUGCUAUCGGCCGUCAGACUAUCCCCAUUAUGCUUCCUGCUUACGCUCGCCUUACUGUCAUUAUUCCGCUCUUUCUAUGGUCUUCCGGCCUCUCGGUCUUCUGGCAACUUAAUCCGAUGCUCGGUCUUCUCUUCAUCGCGCUCUGCGGAUGGCGUUCUAUUGGUACAAUGUUUGGCUGUCUGCAGCUCAUGCGCUCCCGGCAUACUAUCGAACAUUUGUUCUCGAUAGCGCAGCAUUGUAGCUGCGAGAUCAUCAGUAACAGUAGUAGCCUCCAUACCCCUCGUCUCCGCGCCCAUACUUACCUUCAAUGGUCAUAA